GGACAGGUAAGCACCCUGAUGAAGGCCACGGUCUUGAUGCGGCAGCCCGGACGGGUGCAGGAGAUCGUGAGCGCCCUCCGCAGGGGCGGGGGAGACCGGCUGCAGGUUAUUUCUGAUUUUGACAUGACUUUGAGCAGAUUUUCUUAUAAUGGAAAGAGAUGUCCUUCUUCUUACAAUAUUUUGGAUAACAGCAAGAUCAUCAGUGAAGCCUGCCAGAAAGAGCUGAAGGCACUGCUUCACCACUAUUACCCAAUUGAGAUCGACCCAGAGCGGACUUGCAAAGAGAAGUUACCUCAUAUGGUUGAAUGGUGGACCAAAGCCCAUGAUCUUCUGUGUCAGCAGAAAAUUCAGAAGUUUCAGAUUACCCAGGUGGUGAAAGACUCUGGUGCAAUGCUUCGGGAGGGAUACAAAGUGUUCUUCAACACGCUUUACCAUCACAGCGUUCCUCUCUUCAUCUUCUCUGCUGGCAUUGGAGACAUCCUGGAAGAAAUUAUCCGGCAGAACAAAGUCUUCCACCCCAAUAUCCACGUUGUCUCAAACUAUAUGGAUUUUGAUGAAAAUGGCUUCCUACAGGGAUUCAAGGGCCAGCUCAUCCACACCUACAACAAGAACAGCUCCGUGUGUGAGAACUCCAGCUACUUCCAGCAGUUUCAGGACAAAACCAACAUUGUCCUGCUGGGAGACUCCAUGGGGGACCUCACUAUGGCUGACGGGGUUCCAUGUGUGGAAAACAUUCUCAAGAUUGGCUUCCUAAAUGACAAGGUGGAGGAGCGCCGGGAGCACUACUUGAACUCCUAUGACAUCGUGCUGGAGAAGGACGAGACGCUGGAUGUGGUCAAUGGGCUGCUGCAGGACAUCCUGCGCCAGGGGGACCAGAUAGACGUUCAGGGUUCCUAG